UUCUUCUUUUCUUUAUUCCUUUAUUAUUAUUAUUAUUUGAAAUAAAUAAAUAAAUAAUAAUAAUACUAAAAAAAGAAAUUAUUUAUACACUAUGGCUUUAAAACGUAUUAACAAAGAACUUAAAGAUCUCGAACGUGACCCACCUUCUUCUUGUUCAGCAGGUCCUAUUGGAGAUGACUUAUUUCACUGGCAGGCAACUAUUAUGGGUCCAGAGGAUAGUCCUUAUCAAGGUGGUGUAUUUUUUUUAUCUAUUCACUUUCCUACUGACUACCCUUUUAAACCUCCAAAGAUUAAUUUUACCACUAAAAUCUAUCAUCCUAAUAUUAAUAGUAAUGGCUCUAUCUGUCUUGACAUCUUAAAAGACCAGUGGUCUCCUGCUUUAACUAUUUCUAAGGUUCUUUUAUCUGUUUGUUCCUUACUCACUGAUCCUAAUCCUGAUGAUCCACUUGUCCCCGAACUUGCUCAUAUUUAUAAAACAGACCGCUCUCGUUACGAGGCUACAGCAAGAGAUUGGACAAGAAAAUAUGCUAUGUAAAAUGAAUUGAUUCAUCUUCUUUCUUCCUUCCCAACCACUACCACCCCACAUCCCACCUUCUCAUUCUUCCCUUUUAACUCCUUUUGCUAUUAAAUUUAUAAUGCAUAUUAAAAUAUACAUAUAUAAUAUGUAUCAUUUAUUUAUCCUGUCCUUUAUAUAUAUUUAUAUGUAUAU